GCCGCCGCCGCCGCCUCCCGGGCCGAGGGGGAGUCCGAGGCGGGAUGGGACGUGGCGCCGCCCGAUCUGCUCUUCGCGGAGGGGACCGCGGCCUACGCGCGCGGGGACUGGGCGGGGGUGGUGCUGAGCAUGGAGCGCGCGCUGCGCUCGCGGGCCGCCCUGCGCGCCCUCCGCCUGCGCUGCCGCACCCGCUGCGCCGCCGAGCUGCCCUGGGAGCUGGACCCCGCCCCGCCCCCCAGCCCGUCGCCGGCCUCGGGCGCCGCCGCCCUGCGCGACCUGCGCUUCUUCGGGGCCCUGCUGCACCGCGCCGCCUGCCUGCGCCGCUGCCUCGGGCCGCCGGCCGCCCACGCGCUCAGCGAGGAGCUGGAGCUGGAGUUCCGCAAGCGGAGCCCCUACAACUACCUGCAGGUCGCCUACUUCAAGAUCAACAAGUUGGAGAAAGCUGUAGCAGCAGCACACACCUUCUUCGUGGGCAAUCCUGAACACAUGGAGAUGCAGCAAAACCUAGACUAUUACCAAACCAUGUCUGGAGUGAAGGAGGCUGACUUUAAGGAUCUGGAGGCCAAGCCUCAUAUGCACGAGUUCCGGCUGGGAGUGCGGCUCUACUCGGAGGAGCAGCCGCACGAAGCCGUGGCCCACCUGGAGGCGGCGCUGCGAGAGUACGUGGUGGCCGACACCGAGUGCCGCGCCCUGUGCGAAGGGCCCUACGACUACGAUGGCUACAACUACCUGGAGUACAACGCCGACCUCUUCCAGGCCAUCGCAGAUCAUUACAUCCAGGUCCUCAGCUGUAAGCAGAACUGCGUCACGGAGCUUGCAUCCCACCCAAGUCGAGAGAAGCCCUUUGAAGACUUCCUCCCAUCACAUUAUAACUACCUGCAGUUUGCCUACUAUAACAUUGGGAAUUACACACAGGCUAUCGAAUGUGCCAAGACCUAUCUCCUCUUCUUCCCCAACGACGAGGUGAUGAACCAGAAUCUGGCCUACUAUACGGCCAUGGUUGGAGAAGAACCAGCCAGAUUCAUCAGCCCCCGUGAGAGCGCCCAGGAGUACCGACAGCGCAGCCUGCUGGAGAAAGAGCUGCUCUUCUUCGCCUACGAUGUUUUCGGAAUUCCCUUUGUGGAUCCGGAUUCAUGGACUCCAGAAGAGGUGAUUCCCAAAAGAUUGCAAGAGAAACAAAAGUCCGAACGGGAAACAGCCGUCCGCAUCUCCCAGGAGAUUGGAAACCUUAUGAAGGAGAUUGAGACGCUGGUGGAGGAGAAGACCAAGGAGUCGCUGGAUGUGAGCCGGCUGACACGGGAAGGUGGCCCCCUGCUCUACGAAGGCAUCAACCUCACCAUGAACUCCAGAGUGCUGAACGGUUCCCAGAGGGUGGUGAUGGACGGCGUGAUCUCCCCCGAGGAGUGCCGAGAGCUGCAGAGACUGACCAAUGCAGCAGCGACCUCGGGGGACGGCUACCGGGGGCAGACCUCCCCACACACCCCCAGUGAGAAGUUCUACGGUGUCACGGUCUUUAAAGCCCUCAAGCUGGGACAGGAAGGCAGGGUUCCGCUGCAGAGCGCGCACCUGUACUACAACGUCACCGAGAAGGUGCGGCGCGUCAUGGAGUCCUACUUCCGCCUGGACACGCCCCUCUACUUCUCCUACUCCCACCUGGUGUGCCGCACCGCCAUCGAAGAGGCACAGGCUGAGAGGAAGGACAGUAGCCACCCAGUCCACGUGGACAACUGCAUCCUGAAUGCCGAGGCCCUGGUGUGCAUCAAGGAGCCCCCCGCCUACACCUUCCGGGACUACAGUGCCAUUCUCUAUCUAAACGGGGACUUCGAUGGAGGAACGUUCUAUUUCACUGAACUAGACGCCAAGACCGUGACGGCAGAAGUGCAGCCCCAGUGUGGCAGGGCCGUGGGGUUCUCUUCAGGCACCGAAAACCCGCACGGAGUGAAGGCUGUCACCAGAGGGCAGCGCUGUGCCAUCGCCCUGUGGUUCACUUUGGACGCGCGGCACAGUGAGCGGGACCGGGUGCAGGCCGAUGACCUGGUGAGGAUGCUCUUCAGCCCCGAAGAGGUGGACCUCUCCCAGGAGCAGCCCCAGGACACCCAGGAGGGGCCCCCCCAGCCUGUUGAGGAGUCGCUCUCUGGCAGUGAGGUGGGGCGCAAGGAUGAGCUCUGACAGUGCCCAGCUCAGGAUGGGUGAGCAGACCCACCUCGGGAACUGUGUCCCACCCUGGCCAGCGCCCGCGGGGCUGCGGAGCGGGGAAACUGAUGUCUGCCGCCCAACCAACGGGAGGGACCCUGGUGGCGGCCAUCCGCACGGUGCUGCUGCUCUCGGAGUGGACAUGGCAGGACGGCCCUCCCUCCCCGGGCCUGGCUGAGGGCUCGGCACGCAGGCCCAGAGACACCGUGGGGGGCUGCGCGGGCAGCCGUGCCACAGCAACACGGUAUUUAAGUGUCGGUGUAGACAACCAAAGAAUAAAUGAUUUGUGGUUUUUUA